CUAGCAGCCAUCACUAGUAGAAAAAAUCAAAUAGGCACCCCCCCUUUAGCAUCGGUUCUUGAAAACCGGUGCCAAAAGAAAUAGGUGGGAUUAGUAAAUAGGGAGUUGGCUUUGGUUCCAAGCAAAACCGGUGCCAACUCAUUUAAUUAGCACCGGUUCAAACCGAUGCCAACCUAAGAAAAAAAAAAAAAAAAAACAAAAAAAACAAAGAAAGCAAUAGAGUUGGCACCGGUUCGCCUUAAACCGCUGCCAACUAUAGUAUUUAGCAUCGGUUUGAACCGGUGCCAUUUGAAAAAAAGAAUCCCGGUGUAAGGCGCGUCUUCUUCUUCAUUUCCUUGCUCUUUCCUCUUCAAUUCGUUUUCAUCUGAUCUGCCUCUCUCUCUCCGCCUUUCUCCAUUGAAGGGGCUUCUCAGCUUUCCUAACACUCUGUCUCUCUCCUUCGAUCUCCUUCUACAUUAAAGGCUUCCAUUCCUAUUUCCUAAGUCUCUGAGUUAUUUCAUUGAAGCGCACUCAAUGUUCUCCAUUGAAGCGUUCUCCGUUGAAUCUAAUUCUUGUAUCCCCAAUUGAAACAGCUUCUAAGGGCGGCCGCCCCUCCUGCCUUGCCUCAAGGACGGGCCUGGUCGAGGAAGGCUGGCUGAUGUUGAGGUGUUUGAGUAGAGAAAGCAGUGCUGUUAGAUGGAGUUUGAGUAAAUAUGUUAAUCCUCCAUUGCCAUGGCUUUUUAUGGGAUUAGGCAAUCCCGGUGAUAAAUUCAAAGGCACUCGUCAUAAUGUUAGCUUCGAAAUGAUUGAUGCACUUGCUGAUUCUCUUGGCAUUUCACUCAAUAAUGUUCAUUGUAAAGCUUUAUUUGCCCAAGGGUUCAUUGGAAAUGUCCCAAUUUUCCUAGCAAAACCUCAGACUUACAUGAACUUAUGUGGAACAUCUACAGGUCCUCUAGCAGCAUAUUACAAGCUACCUCUAAAUCGAGUGAUGGUGAUGGCAUUUAGAGGUAGAGGACGUGGGAGAGGAUUUGGUGGAAGUGACUUCAAGUUUGUGAAGCCAGAAUCUUUUGUACUUUUUCCGGUGAGUAUAUAAUUUGACCCAUUUUUAUCAUUUUCCAUUGUUUUGAUUCUUUUGAUCUUGGAUGCCAAAAUAUGCUCCUAACUACUGUAAUGCAACUUUGCCAGCUUUUUUCUUUGUCGAAAGAACCUGAUUAUUUAGUUUAUGUUAGUGGAACCCAAUUCAUUUCAGGACUAUGGCUUUGUUGUUGUUGUAGGAGAAACCAAACUAUUCUAUGAAUUUGAUCACUUGAAACCUUCAUAAUUGCCCUGUUCCCAUCUAGUUUCACUAGAGGUAAGACUCACAUACGUGGCUGUUGCCUAGAUCAUUACUUGAUGUCAUAGGAGAAACCAAACUAUUCUAUGAAUUUUUAGGUUCUUGUUGCUUGGAGGACAGAAAACCCUAUAUUCAUGAUGUAUAUGUUUGAAUCAAAUAGAUAAGCACUGCAGUUAUAUCUUAUUAAUAUAAGAUCAUGAGAAGCAGCUCUAGGACCUAUUUAUACUUAAAAUGUCUCUUGACCUAUCUAACGAUGCCUUGUGGAGGGGAUGCAUGAGCUUUCAUACUUUUCCAUGUUUAUGUUUCUUUCUUCAUGCUCUUUUCUUCUUUCAAAUUAAUAACAAUUUGGAGUUUGGGGUGUUGGUUUGCUUUUAAGCUAAUAGCACUGGGACUACUAGCCCCUUAAAACCAUGUCACUCAGAAAAUAUCGUGGAGUUACUAACAAAAUUAUCUUGUCAACUAUAUAUUCUUCAUUAUUUUUGACACUUGACCCUCAUCUCUCUCUCCCAUUUGACCUUACCUUUCAUAUGCAACUAUGAUUUACUAUGCAAUUUUGCAAUUAAAAGUUGCUGACAAUUGAUUAUAAACAUGUUGCUUGUUGUUACGGUUUGCUGAUCUUAAUGUUUUUACUGCUGUUCUCAUACAUUUUUAAGCUAAUGAUUGGAAUUUAUAGCUUUCAGCUUCAUAAUCGCUCUUUUUUUUCUUCUUUGGUUUAAUGUGUUGUUUAUUAAUUUGAUGAUACACAAUGUCUCUUGGGUUUUUUGAGGACAUAUACAUUCCUGCCUUUGCUCUGCUAGACCCGUCACAUAUCGAGCCCCAUGAUGAUGAUCCCAAGCAAGUGAAAUGGGUGUGGACUUACAAUGAUCUUGAAUUAUCCUAUGAUGACGAAAAUCUGGUCAGGACCCUCUUUGAUUU